CCGGAAUUUGGCACAGUCCACUGUACAUUAAGGGGUCGUUCUGCAAUGAUAUAGUUAUUUUGAUGAAAUUCUAAUCAUUAGAAGGUAGAAACAUAUUUGAAAUUACAUAAUAGAAUACACCAUAUUUCUAUACAAUUAUUGUAAUGCACGGACAUUGAUCGAAAUUCCGCCCCUUCAGAGUAGUACAUAUUAAAAUGUCUGGAUUAUUUUGGCAUAUUGACCUGAGAAUCACAAAUCUGAACAGCGCCAACUUCUUGACUGUCAGUGACGUCAUUAGCGCGGCAAAAUCUAAGAUGGCGACAAAACAAAAAUCUUCCACCUACCACAAAAGCUCGAAAAGAGUAAGGACAGAAGUAAGGGACGCAACACCACGAGUCAGAGAGUCAAAUGGAGAAAUAACUGAAAACAAUUUGAAACGUGUCGAUUAUCUGUCAUGGGAAGACUAUUUCAUGGCUGUUGCGUUCCUCUCUGCUCAGAGAAGCAAAGAUCCAAGUUCACAGGUUGGAGCAUGCAUUGUUAACGAGGAAAAGAAAAUAGUGGGUAUUGGCUAUAAUGGUAUGCCCAUAGGUUGCAGUGAUGAUGUAUUACCAUGGAGACGGAAAGCAGAUGAUGAGUUGGACACAAAAUAUCCAUAUGUCUGCCAUGCAGAGUUGAAUGCCAUCUUAAAUAAGAACUCUUCUGAUGUCAAAGGCUGUACUAUGUACGUUGCGUUGUUCCCUUGCAAUGAGUGUGCCAAGUUAGUGAUCCAAUCAAAGAUCAAAGAAGUGGUUUACGUGUCCAAUAAAUACCAUGAUACGGCUGGUGUGACAGCUUCCAGGAAAAUGCUGGAUUUAGCAGGUGUUAAAUACAGGUAUGAAGUGCAUAGUGGUAUGUCAAACUGUUUGUACAGUGUCAUUAAACCUUAA